GUGGUGGUCACAGCUGUGGAGUUCCAGCCGGUGCAGCUUGCCCCUGCUUCCAUCAGCUUAAUAAAUCCGUCCCAGUUUACACCCCUCUGAAGUGUGAAGCCUGAGAAGAGUUUCCCUUCCUCCUCCUGCAGGGUGCCAGGAGAGCUGCUGCUGGAAUUGAGCCUGAAGAGGUGUCAGCUCGCUAUUAGAGUUUGCAUUUGGCAAUUGCCUGCUCCGGGAGGCAGGCGGGUUCUGCCGGAUCAGCACACCGCCCCCGGCUCCGGCCGCCCAGCAGGACCGCAGCAAGGCUCGCACAGCGAGAACCACCGCUUGGCUUCGCCUCGGCAGGGCGAGCGCUGCGUUUGCUGCAGUGGGCUGCGGGUCAGACCCCUCGGGGGCACAGGAGGCGUUAAUAACCAAGUGCGAGGUUUUGUUUUGUCUGUGGACUCCCUCCCCGCCCCGGGGGAAGCUCGAAGCAUCCUCUGCUUUCAAGGCUUUAAUUGCGGGGCAGCGCAGCUGCAGCCUUUGCACACCUGAAGCUCGCUUUGCCUCUCGUGCAAACCAGCCCGGAGCUCCAUCCGCUCCGCUGAGCUCACGCGAUAAAAUAAGGUCCUGGAAAGCAUUGAUUCACGGCGUUACGGAGCCCCCGAAAGCGGUGUGUGCCUACAGCGAGCGCUCACCGGGGGGUUGAGGGGCUUUCUCCUCCUGCUCUGCCCUGUCUGCCAGCUGUGAGGUGUUAUCCCCCCGGGGAGGUCUCCAGCCCCGCUGCUGGAGGGGUGAGGGGCUCUGCUCUCCUCCCAGGGCUGUGUCCGUGUCCUGCGCUGGGGCUGCACCAGGAGCCCCGGAGAGGCAACUGCUGAGAGUUUCUGCCUGAAGCAAGGGAUGCUUCCCGUGUUUGAGACAAGCAGCGACCUGCACUCGGCAGGAAGGAGGCACUGAAUUCACUCCAGGAGCGUUUCUCGGAGCCCUUCUUUCCAGGGACCCAAAGAAGAAGGUGAGGAGAAGGAGAGGUGGUCCCAAGAAGCUCUGCUGUUGGCAUGUGUCCUUUUCCUUGGAACAAGAACCUGAGGCUUCUCCGCGCCGAGCGUUUCUGCGUCCCAUCUGCUACCACACCCUGAAAUCAAACUCGGCAGCUUAGGUGAAGCAGGCACUGCACAAACAUGUCAGGCUUGCCUCCACCCCUUUUUUGUCUCCCGCUUUCUCCUGCUGUGUCUCUCGCGCAAGUUUAUCAGCGUGUCGGCGGGUUCUGGUGGCAGAGCGUUCCCACCUCACCUCUGGCUACGGAGCAAUGAGGAGUUGGGGCCCAGCAACACCAUUCUCCCAUCGGCUUUGCUGCAUGACAGUCGGAGAGCUUCCCUCCAGACCCUUCUUUCUCCUCUCACUUGGAAUUGGUCUCUACCAGUAUUGUUGCAGCAGGACAGCUGGACAUUAAUGUGUUUCAGGACAGAGUGCUGAAAAACCAGAAGAGAAGCUUGUUGCUGCAGAGGCGAUCCUUUUCCACGCCCUGCUCCUCGUGUUGCCUCUCUCCCUGUCAUUCCUCUUUCCCUUUCGAACUCUCAUUCCCCUUUCCCUCUCCCAUCCUUCAUCUUCCCACCCCUUCCUCUCAUCUGAGCCUGACCCUGCUCUCUUCUUGCCCCUCCUUCCCUGCCGAUCCCUCCCCCUGCUCUGGAUCUGCUGGCUGGGGGAUUUUUUUUCUCAGGCUGCUCGGCAGAUGUGACAGCUUUGAGGACCGUAUCACCCAGGAACGGCUCUAUCUGGAGUUGAAAAAACCUAACGUGGUUUCCCAGGCAGCAGGAAUGGAUCGCUGAGAGAAUUUCAAUCUCCGACUGCUUUUGUCUUGUGGCAUCAUGUUCCGCAAGAAGAAGAAGAAACGCCCAGAGAUCUCGGCUCCACAGAACUUUGAGCACCGUGUCCACACUUCAUUUGACCCAAAGGAGGGCAAAUUUGUGGGCCUGCCACCUCAAUGGCAGAACAUUCUGGACACGCUGAGGCGCCCCAAGCCAGUGGUAGACCCUUCGAGGAUCACGAGGAUGCAACUCCAGCCUAUGAAGACGGUGGUGAGAGGCAGCACGGUAGAAGUAGAAGGCUACAUCUCCGGGAUCCUCAAUGACAUCCAGAAGCUUUCUGCCAUCAGUUCAAACACUCUGAGGGGCAGGAGCCCCACCAGCAGAAGGAGAGCUCAGUCCCUUGGGCUCUUGGGGGAAGACAGACCCCCAGACAUGUAUCUUCAGAGUCCUGAAGCAGACUGGGUGGACAAAUAUGGAAACUACCUCAAUUGCAAUGGUGGGACCAAGGUGACCCGGAGGCAGACGAUGUGGCCGGAUUAUAAACCUCGCUUGGAAGGACAAUCUCAUUCGAACGGUAUGGUCAUGAAAGCCCAGUCCCUCGGGCCUUCGGAGUUCCAAGAUGCUGAUGACAGCUGCCUCCAGCGCGCCUCUGGUUUGCAGCAUAUGCCAACUCUGCCAGGGGAGAACGAGAAGACAGGGAGAAAGAGUUCAGAGGAGUGCUGGCCUCAGCCUUGUCUCCUACGACAGGCAAAUUCCAGGCCGUCGGGGGAGGGCAGCCCUAGCUCCAAAUCAAGGGAGAACAGCUUGAAGAGGAGGCUGCUGCGCAGUGUGUUUCCAUCCUCCAGCGGCUCAAACAAGUCAGGCCCCUCCCUGCAGAUAAAGCCUAAUACUUUAUUCAGGCCCCAGCAGUGGGGUUCACCACGCAGCCCGGGAGCCAAAGCCCAGUCUCUUCCACCAGAUCAGCCUUCAUCUGACUUCCCCAAGAUUAUCUCGGAGGCUGGGACUCCCCAGAAGUCACCAACAGUGGAGAAGGCAAUGGCAGUGCCACAAGGCAGGCCAUCACCAGCAGGGUCUCCCAGGAACCGGCAGACUCAGACCAGCUCUAGCAACCUUCACCUGCCCCAGGACUCUUCUGUGAAAGGGCAACUGGCCAGUGAGGACCCUGUGGUCGUAACUCAUGAGCAGUUCAAAGCUGCCCUGAGGAUGGUGGUGGACCAGGGGGAUCCCCGGUCAUUGCUGGAGAAUUAUGUCAAGAUUGGUGAAGGGUCCACGGGUAUCGUCUGCAUUGCUCGUGAGAAGCACUCGGGGCGACAGGUAGCAGUGAAAAUGAUGGACCUGAGAAAGCAGCAGCGCCGGGAGCUCCUUUUUAAUGAGGUGGUGAUAAUGAGGGACUAUCAACAUGUCAAUGUAGUGGAGAUGUACAAGAGCUACCUUGUGGGAGAUGAGCUCUGGGUGCUGAUGGAGUUCCUGCAGGGCGGAGCCCUCACGGACAUUGUGUCACAGAUCAGGCUAAAUGAAGAGCAAAUUGCAACUGUGUGUGAAUCUGUGCUGCAGGCUCUGUCCUACCUCCAUUCGCAGGGGGUCAUUCACCGGGACAUCAAGAGCGACUCCAUUCUGUUGACGCUGGAUGGAAGGGUCAAACUCUCUGAUUUUGGCUUCUGUGCUCAGAUCAGUAAAGAUGUACCCAAAAGAAAGUCCCUGGUGGGAACUCCCUACUGGAUGGCUCCAGAGGUUAUUGCACGGAUACCGUACGCUACUGAGGUGGAUAUCUGGUCUCUGGGGAUCAUGGUGAUCGAGAUGGUGGAUGGAGAACCCCCCUAUUUUAGUGAUUCUCCGGUCCAGGCAAUGAAGAGGCUCCGAGACAGCCCCCCUCCCAAGCUGAAAAACUUCCACAGGACCUCCCCGGUUCUGAGAGACUUCUUGGAAAGGAUGCUGACCCGGGACCCACUAGAGAGAGCGACGGCACAAGAACUUCUGGAUCACCCUUUUUUGCUCCAGACGGGACUCCCAGAGUGCCUGGUUCCCCUUAUCCAACAGUACAGAAAGCGCACCUCCACCUGCUGACUUGGCAGAAGAGCAGAUGCUGGGAGAAAACCGUAUUUAUAUACAUAUAAAAACAUAAUCACAAGGCCAGGUGGCCUCAUCCUGCAAAUGGUGCUUGGAACUCGUCAGCGAUCUCUUUAGAGGAUGAAUGUGACUGUUGCCCUAGCAUCCUCAGCCUUUGGUGGCUUCUCUCUUGCUGAAGACAAUCAACGCAUCCUGGCUCCCAACAGGACCAAGUACGUCUCAAGAACAAAGCGGGUGUUCCCUGGCGUGUGGAUCGCUUCUUCUGAAGAGCUGGUGCUGCAAUGUGGCAUAUCUGAAUGUUCCAGCAAACAUUGGCUGCUGACUACAGAACUGACCAAUAAUUCCCCAUUAGAAAUGUGAUCUUUAUUUUGUUGGUUUUACACUGGAGUCUUGACCUGACCCAAAUGCACAUUUAUGGGGCACAGAGCCCUCCAAACUCUCAAACAAUGCACAAAGACUUGAUUUGUUUUUCUUCUGAGACUUUUUCACGGAUGAUUUUCAUUCCCUUCAGUUAAAUGCAGACCUAGAAACCUGUUUUCCUAGGGAGCGGAUGUGACGUGUAUAUAUUUGUUUUGGAAUGGCUCUCUUGCAUCCACAUGCUUCUCUUUGGCUGAGGAAUACAUACGGCUUAGUGGUCAAUCUUGAAUCCAUUUCAUGAUCUUAAGCUUUUGGAGGAGGAAACCUUUGGAUACGGGGCUCAAAGCAGACUCAGUGAAGAUGGCUUUUCUUGCCUCCAGGCUCUUGUGCUUGAGAAGUUGUGGUACACAACACCUUCAUCGCUGGUUGGGCUGGAGAGUCUGCGAGAGCUUGUUUCUACGUUUGGUUUCCAAGCACCUUUCUUUUCCAAGCCCUCUCCUGAGAGGCUGAGGAGCGCUGCUCUGGGCAGCACUUUGGGGAUGCUGUAGGAGAUGGAGUGAAACAGUUCCAGCUGCCUGCACAUCCUGGGAGAGGGUUUUGUGUCCCCAUGAGGCACUUUCAGCCCCUGCCUCCCCUACACAGGGAGGAAAGAAACUGCUGUAUGUUUUGUUAUGGUAUGUCCUUCCCCACCAUCCCACUGCUGGUACAUUUGGAGGGUCACUGGUUGGUUGAACAGUCUUUUCAGUUGUUUUUAAAUGGAUUUAGCUGUUUUGUACGAUACCCUUUCUGCUCAGCAAGCUGAUUAGGGCAGUUGGGCUCUCGGUCAGGGUGUGACGUUGUACAGUACUAGUGUGUAUUUUGUGUGGUCUUGAGGAUAUAAUCUUCCGUGUGGAACUGGGAUCCUGUUUUGAAACUCCAGAUAUAAAUUUAUUGAGAUUUAAGUUAUUCCUGGGCUAGCCCUACUGUCAGAAACUAACCUCAUCACUGCAUUUUCUUCUGAAGAUGUCAAUAAUCUCGCUGCUCUGCCAUUUCCCUCUGGUUACAGAUCCUGCUUCAAAAUUGAAGCCACAGUUAAUUACUUGAAGUAAUUUGGGAUGGAAUUCGUCUGCACUGCUGCCAGCCAGCUAAAUGGUGGGCACCCGUAGGUGGAAUCUGUAGGCAAGGCGAGAGGAAUACCUCCAGAGGGUGAUCCAGCUCCCUCUACAUCGAUGCCUUCUGCAGGGCCGAGUGUCUCCAUCCCACUCUGUGAGCAGCAGAGGGACCGCGGGGUCUCACCUGGGCUGGGUGGUGGAGUUUGGGGCUGAUGAAGUUGCUUGCAAUGCAUUCAUUGAGCUCCUCCUUAGCUGCACUGGAAAACUUUUGAUGUAAAAUGUUUCUGUACUCCAGAUUUACUGCUUUUUUCUUUCUUUCUUUUUUUUUUUUUUUUUAAAUGCAAAAGAGCAGGGCUUUGAAAAGAUUUAUAGUUUGAAACAAACGAUUCUGCUCGUCUGUAGUUGUGAAUCCUUUGCACUUGUGUUUUAAAUUAAAGUAGAUCUUGAUUUAUUCAUAAGCCUGAUGCGGUGCCCGAAUGCUUUAAAGUGUGUCUGCAGUUCAGAGGCGUAAGGGAGCAUCAACCUUGAAGUCUGGUCAAACUCACCCCUUCUAUGGCUCUUGAAGCAAGAGGAUACUCCAGCAGAAGCCUGGAUCCUGAAACAGGGACAGGGAUGUUUUACAUUUGACUCUAUUUUAUUCCUUGACCCGAGUCUGAACAAGAACAGGGAGCAAAAUCUGUGAAGAUUGCAUUAAAGUACAUUCUAGCAUUCUAAAAAGUCCUUAUCAGAAGCAAUGGGACCAGCAGGGAGGGAGGGGAUUCUGCCCCUCUGCUCUGCUUUGUGAGACCCACCUGGAGCCCUUUGUCCAGUUGUGUGGAGUCCUCAGCACAGGGAGGACAUGGAGCUGUUGGAGCAAGUGCAGAGGAGGCCACGGAGAUGAUCCGAGGGCUGGAGCACCUCCUGUCUGAGGCCAGGCUGGGAGAGUUGAGGUUGUUGAGCCUGGAGAAGAGAAGGCUGCAGGGGGACUUUAGAGCACUUUUCCAGU